AUGAUAAGAAGACAAUUGCUAAAAAAGGGGAUAACCUAUAGAUUAUUGAAUUGCAAUCAUCAAUUGCAAACGUUUGCCCUUUUGAACAAAAGUUUCACCAGGAAGUCCUCAAAUACUCCAAAAUAUGAUGAGGCUGAGUUACUUGCUCCAAGGUUAACAUCAAAUGAAUAUAAGGCAGAUAAGAAACGACAAAACUUCCAAUGGCAAGAGAAAUCAGAGGAAGAAUUGAGUAAGGAAUAUGCAGAUAGAAUAGAAAAGAUGGCCAAGCUGAAGGCUAUGUUACAAGGUCUAGGAAUAUUAGUAACAUUAGGUGGGGUUAUUACAAUUUACAGUAAAUGGACUUCAAUUCAUAGGUGGUACUUAGAUCGCAAAUUGAGGUUUGACCUAAAAUACAAUAAGGAUUCAAUACAAAAGAAAUCAUCAAAAAAGAAAUCUGAUAAUACCAAAUCCACGGCUCCCAUAUUGCCCAUAAUACCUAUCGAUGAGAAGGCUUUCGAUGUGCCAGGUGUAUAUGUUUGGGGUCAAACAGCAACAAAUGAUCUCUUGUAUCCGACGAGAAUAUCUCAGUUUGAUAACCAAAAAUUUAGAGAUAUUUGUUUAUCUCCAAAGGAUAGUUUACCAAAUUUAGCAAUUGACCAAAAUGGUGAUCUAAUUAAAUGGGACACCAGCAGCCAUGAGUUCCUCCUUAUUGAUCAAAAUCUAAUUAGUGUUAAAUAUUCUAAUGAAAUAGCUUACGCUUUAACAAAAGCUGGUAAGAUUUUAAUUAUCCCAGUAGCUGAUCAUGAGAUGAGAUAUAGUCAUAUUAGCUCAAGAAGAUCGUGGGUUAAACCAUGGAAAACAUAUCAGAACUAUAAUUUAAGUUUGGAUACUGAUCAAGCAUUUAAACAUAAAAAUGAAAACUACAUCAAAGAUUUCGAUACAGGUGAUAAUCAUCUAGUAUUGAUAUCAAAUGCAUGCAAAGCAUAUUCUUGUUCUACUGGUAUAACGGAUGUGAGAAAUGAUAAUAUUAAAUCAUAUGGGCAAUUUGGGAUACCUAUUUUUUCUCAAUUCGAUCCUAUGCCCAAAACUAAUAAGUUAUAUGAGAUCGAAUUAUUGAAUGCAGGAUUGAAUGAAGAUAAAAAGUUAAUUACAAGAGAAAUUGAUCAAAUUGCAUGCGGUGCUAGACAUACAAUUGCAAAAGAUAAAGAAGGGAGUGUAUUUGCAUUUGGUUCUAACCUUUUUGGCCAAUUAGGAUUACCAAUUUCAUAUAAUAAUGAAUAUGUUUCAUACCCUAAAAAGAUUGGAAAAUUUCAAUCUUAUUUUACAAGAGAUGAAAAAUUUAAAUGUCAGAAUAUUUUUGCUUCUGAUGAAACUUCCUUUGUUGAAAUGACAAGUCAAACAGAAAAUGAAUACUAUAAAAACAAUUCAAAUAUUAGUAAAAGAAUAUUUUUCUCUUUUGGUAAUGGUAAGAAUGGUACUUUGGGAAACGGUAGAUACAAAAAUUCACAAGAAGAACCAUCUCCAAUCAAAGUAAGUAAUAAUGAUUCCACAAAGAUUGAAGACUUAUCAUGUGGAGGCGAUUUUGUUGUUGGUACUACCAACGAUAAAAGUGUACUUUUAUGGGGAGAUAAUUCAUAUGGUCAAUUAGCAAAUGGUAAAAAAUACAAGACUUGUAAACCACAAUACAUGCCAGAUAUUUUGAAAGCAAAUUCUACCUUGACCUUCAAUGAGUUCACUGAAACCAAACUACAUUUAAAUGAAAAGCAAGUCAUCAAACCUGGUAAAAACUCAUGUUGUAUAUAUUGGAAAAGUUAA